AUGGCCGCGAUCUCGGUUGCUCCCGACUCCCCUCCCGAUCUGACGGGUUCCAAGUCGUCAAAGUCCUCCUCCUUCCAGUCGUCCUCCCACCGGUCCGGCCCGGAUGGGAUCCUCGCCGAUAUCUCAAACUUUGAAGACAUUGGCCUUGACGAGGACCUGGAUGUCACACAUAUAGAUCAUACCCAUCUCGGGAAGGACAAGCUCACCAUCCGCACGUCCCUGCGGAGAGUGUCCGGUGGGCAUGGCGGUAGGCGGAACAUGACGACUCAAUUGGCUCCUGUACGGGAGCUCACCUCGUCUAAACGGGCGAAUGACUACCCGCACUUGCAGGCGCAAAUCAAUGGCGCCCUAAGCGCAAUGCAGUCGCUUACCCUGCCCCGCCACGAUCAGACCGGAAGACGGGGAUCCGCAAAUCCCCCGAAUUUCUCGUUACAGCCGCGUCCAUCAUCGUUCUCGCGGCCCAGAACCCGGUCGCCCUCCCCUAACAACAUGGCAAUGGGGCUGUCUCCGAUAAUUCCUGUGAGAUCGCACAGUCGGCCGCCCCCGACUCCGAACGGAUCGGUCCGCUCCUCCUCGAGGCCAUCCCGGAAGAGCGUCAAGGACCUGGAGGCUGAAUAUCAUGACUCUGAUGAUGAGCUGCCCGAAGAUGCGGCGCUCUGGAAUGUCCCAAUAUCGCCUCGCCCGCCCCACGAACGACCCCAAGAUAGUAGGAUGAGUCGCUCCAGCUCCAGCAGCCGAAGCCCGGGUCCUCGACCCAUUCCGCUCGAGCAUACAAUGUCGAGUCCUCCCGUCGGAUCCCUGUCUCCAUCGACUUCACCGCCGCGCCAUAGCAGAGGUCGUCGUAGGCUGCCUAGGUCUAGCUCAAUGGGGCAUUUGCGUGGCCAUACCGGCCGAGUGCCUCGAGGUAACACGCGGAAUGUUGUCAUGUCUGAGCUGUCCGAAGAAGCCAAGGUCUUGACAGAAGUCCUCGAAUUCCAUGCCGAUGAGUCGGCCCGAGAACACGAAGAGCGCGUCCAAGGUGGAAGAUCAACCCGGUCGAGUUUGGAUAGGACCAAACGCCAAUCCGGAGGCAUGAUCGAAUUACCACCACUCCAGAGGCCCAAUAUCAUGAUUGACCCGCUUCCAAUUAGUAAAGAGAAAGAAAAGGUGCUGUCGCGAACACGGCCUAGUUGGCUUCCACCCAAAGACCAAAAAGAAGAAAAGCGUCAUUUGAAAGAGUAUAAGAAAAUGAUGGCCUUGUCUCGUGAAGCUGAGAAGCGAAAAGCAGCGCAGGCUGCAUCUGAACAGUGUAAAAGAGAUGAUACGCGGAAGAUGCUGCAACGCAUUUGGGAUGAACACGUUUUCCCCAAUUGGGAUCGCGCUAUCAAAGACUACCGUACGCGUGAGCUCUGGUGGCGCGGUAUUACGCCACGAUCUCGAGGAGCCGUGUGGCAGCGUGCCAUUGGGAACGGACUUGGGUUGACUGAUGAGUCGUUCAAUAAAGCUCUUGGAAGAGCAAACGAACUUCGAGCCCAAUGUGAUGAAGAAAAAGGCAAGGUUAAUAGCUUGGAACACCAGCGGUUUCAAGCAAUACGACGCGACGCGGCCAGCGUGUUUCCGGAUUUGAAACUCUUUGGAAAAGAAGGGCCGCUCUACGAUAGCCUAGUGCAAGUUUUAGAUGCAUACUCGAUGUAUCGGAGCGACGUGGGCUAUCUUUACGGCAUACACACCGUCGCAGGCCUCCUUUUACUACAACUACACACCCCAGCCGCAGCGUUCCAGGCCCUGGCCAACGCUCUUAACCGUCCCGUCCCCCUUGCCUUCUUAACCUCCGAUCCGGGAGCCAUUGCCCGCGUUUACUCGUUGGCGUCUGCGACUUUACGCCUCAAAUUCCCGAGACUGUCAACACAUCUUUGCGAGAAUCUUUGUCUCACCGACCAACAGAUCUGGGAACCAAUGUUUAGAACAAUAUUUACAAAUGGCCUUGACCUGGAGCGCCUGAGUCGAGUCUGGGAUUGCUGGGUGUUCGAAGGGGACAGACUGAUGUUUAGAGCCGGUGUCGCCAUUUUGGGCGCCUUGGAGGCGCAACUUAUGAGUCUUGCUCCUGGUGACGAAGGACAGGCCGCUGCAGCGGCAAUCCUAGGAUGGGGCUCGAAGAAUAUCGAAGUGGGCAGGAGAAGGUCUGCACCAGUGCAGCCGGCCAAGCUACCGACGUCAGUAAAUGGGCAGGGCGGCCAGUAUUGGGCCGUUGAGGUGGUAGGUAAUGAAGACGUAUUUAUGAACAUUGUUCGAGAAGCAGGACGGUAG